AUGCUCGGCGUGGAGGAGGCGGCGUCGGCGCUGCCGUCGUGGGCCGCGGCGCUGCUGCUCGGCGCCGCAGCGUUGGUGCUCCUGGACGCCGCGGCGCGGAGGGCGCACGGGUGGUACAGGGAGGCGCCUCUGGGCGCGGUGCGGCGCGCGCGGCUGCCGCCGGGGGAGAUGGGGUGGCCCGUCGUCGGCGGCAUGUGGGCCUUUCUCCGUGCCUUCAAGUCCGGCAAGCCCGACGCCUUCAUCGCCUCCUUCGUCCGACGGUUCGGGCGCACGGGCGUGUACCGAGGCUUCAUGUUCAGCAGCCCGACGGUGCUGGUGACGACGCCGGAGGCGUGCAAGCAGGUGCUGAUGGACGACGACGCGUUCGUGACGGGGUGGCCCAAGGCGACGGUGGCGCUGAUCGGGCCCAAGUCGUUCAUUGCGAUGCCGUACGACGAGCACCGACGGCUGCGCAAGCUCACGGCCGCGCCCAUCAACGGCUUCGACGCGCUCACCGCGUACCUGCCCUUCAUCGACCGCACCGUGACGUCGUCGCUGCGCGCGUGGGCCGACGAAUCGUCUUCCGGGAGGGGUAUCGAGUUCCUAACGGAGCUGCGGCGGAUGACGUUCAAGAUCAUCCUGCAGAUCUUCCUGGGCGGCGCGGACGAGGCGACGACGCGCGCGCUGGAGCGGAGCUACACGGACCUCAACUACGGGAUGCGCGCCAUGGCCAUCAACCUGCCCGGGUUCGCGUACCGCAGGGCGCUGCGCGCGCGCCGGGGGCUCGUGGCCGUGCUUCAGGGCGUGCUGGACGAGCGGCGCGCCGCCAAGGCCAAGGGGGUGGUGGUGUCGGGUUCUGGCGGCGUGGACAUGAUGGACCGGCUGAUCGGGGCGGCGGACGAGCGCGGGCGGCGGCUGGACGACGACGCGAUCAUCGACGUGCUCAUCAUGUACCUCAACGCCGGGCACGAGUCGUCCGGCCACAUCACCAUGUGGGCCACCGUGUUCCUGCAGGAGAACCCGGACAUCUUCGCAAAGGCAAAGGCGGAGCAGGAGGCGAUCAUGAGGAGCAUCCCGGCGUCGCAGCAGGGGCUCACGCUCAGGGACUUCAGGAAGAUGGAGUACCUCUCACAGGUGAUCGAUGAGACGCUGCGGCUCGUCAACAUCUCCUUCGUCUCCUUCCGUCAGGCCACGAAAGACGUCUCCGUGAACGGGUACCUGAUCCCCAAGGGGUGGAAGGUGCAGCUAUGGUACCGGAGCGUGCACAUGGACCCCCAGGUGUACCCUGACCCCACCAAGUUCAACCCGUCAAGAUGGGAGGGCCACUCGCCGAGAGCCGGCACGUUCCUGGCGUUCGGGCUCGGCGCCAGGCUCUGCCCCGGCAACGACCUCGCCAAGCUCGAGAUCUCCGUCUUCCUCCACCACUUCCUCCUGGGCUACAAGCUGACGAGGACGAACCCAAGGUGCCGGGUGAGGUACCUGCCGCACCCGAGGCCGGUGGACAACUGCUUGGCCAAGAUCACCAGAGUCUCGGAAGAUUACUAG